AUGCAGCAGCUCCCGACCAUCCUCCCUCCUCCGCCGUUACUGGACGGAACAGUUCCGACGCGGUCGCCGGAGAAGCACGCCAACCUUGUUCGCUUCCAAUCCGAGCUGGAGUGUCUCGCGAACCCCCUCUACUUGCAUGAGCUGCAUCUUCAGAAGUAUCUUGAGGACCCGGCAUUUUUGGAGUAUCUGAAGUACAUGGAGUACUGGCGCAAGCCGGAAUACGUUCGCUUCAUUGUGCGCGCUGAGAAGGAGGAAGUCAAGGACGAACCGAAGGAGGAAGGCGCGGAGAAAGAUGCGAAGACCACGAACGCUGAAGCGGCUCCGGCCACAGCAUAG